UUGCCUCCAGGACACGUGAUGACACAUUUCUUAAGAGACUAUAUAUUCUAACUGCAGCAGAGCAAAGUGUUCAGAACACCCGGCAUUUGGCAGAGGAAAGAUCUCUUGAGCUUUGUGAAGUAAAGGAUUAUUUUCAUAGUAACGCUUAAAAUUCUGGCAAAAGUGUGUGGAUGCUGAAGAUGGACCGUACAAACAUAACCCUAACCACAUUGGCUGCUGAUCCCCAGACUCCAGAGAUGAACAGUGGCAAUGAAUACUUCUACAUUCUGAUCGUCAUGUCUUUCUAUGGGAUCUUCCUAAUGGGAAUAAUGCUGGGCUACAUGAAAUCCAAGAGGAAAGAAGAGAAAUCCAAUCUGCUUCUGCUCUACAAAGAUGAGGAAAAGCAUUGGGAAGAAGCCAUGAAACCUCUGCCAACUGUGUCCGGACUCAGGUCUAUCCAGAUCCCCAUGAUGCUAAGCGUGCUGCAAGAAAGUAUGGUACCAUCUCUGUCAUGUGCUAUCUGCUCCAUGGAGGGAAGCAGUGUGAGCUCUGAGUCUUCCUCACCAGAUAUUCACUUCACCAUUCAAGAGGAAGUGCUGGAUGAUGAGCUGGGGGAAGUGUCAGAAGCCCUUCUGCAUGAAAGCAGCGAAGGGUCUUCAGAAAACAUCCACAAGAAUUCCUAGCACUUGCAGGUCUUUGAAAAGCAGUACCAUCAACUAGCAAAAGAGUGAGUCAAAUUAAUGUUAAGAUCUUGCAGUUUUACUUGCCUGCUCAAUGAACUCUCAGUUGGCAGUUGUGCUCCAGAGCCUAAUAUGUUCUUGAAAGCUGGCAAAAUGAGGAAUUGAAUACACAAACAUCGGCGUGAAACUUAAAAAUUAGGCAACCUGAAUGCUGUUUUUACUGUAAGCGCUAAGAACACGGGGAAUAUUUUUCUGAGUAGGUAACUGUUAUUGAAAUGUUCUCUGCAUAUUUCAGAAUUCUGCAAAUGUCUGGGAAAUGUUGAGAGAAGUUACUCAAGUGGAGGUGACUAGUUUUGAAUCAUCACUGUUAAUGUCCAUUCUCAGAGAUAUGUGACCUACUAGAUGUAUUUUUACUGUGUUUUCCUUGUAUCAAGCCAGAGAGAGUUCCAGUUUUACUUGAAGAUGCCUCAGCGACUUCACAUGACCAAUUAGAAGUGCACAUUUAGCAAAAUAGAUUUGAUUGCAAAAGUCAGAGAUCUUUCAGUGCAAAACAAGUUAAAAGAGCUUUGGUACAGACUGAAAGAGCUAGAAAUGCUAGCUCUGCUCUGUUACACUGUAUUGAAAUAAAUAGUCUUCCAUGGUUUAACUCAGAGCAGAAUUUUAACUACUAAGGGUGAAACUGUGGCCCCACUGAAGUCAAUGGCUAUAUUCCCAUUGACCUUAAGGGGGCUUAGAUUUCACCCUAAGCAUUCAGGGCAAAAUUCUCCAUUGGAACCAAUGAAACUGUGUCUAUUUGCAUCAUCAGAGAAUUUGAUCCUUACAUUUUAUUGAAACCAAAGUAGAUAAACAUCAGGCUGCAUCAUUUGCCUGCUCCCUUUUAUUUCACUAUUGGCUUGCAUGUGGCACAUGCUUUUCUAUAUUGUGCUAAAUAAUUUUUUUAAACUACUAUUGUAACACUUUUCCUCCUCAAAGGGCACUGUGGUUUUCCAAAUGCUCAUGCUAUGCAUUAGCUACUAAUGUAUGGUUAAUGUUGUAUCCAAGAAUGAUUAUUUCAAUUAUGCAUUAAAUGUUAAAAUAACAUUAUGUUUAGUUCUUACAUCUAAGAGCAAAAGAAAUGAAAUCUUAAAAGCAUUGCAUGGGAAUGUAUUUAUAAAAUGCUCCUGCAUAUUUCCUAUGUUAAAAUAGCUCUGUGAUUUAUCCAUUGGCAUUAGCACUUGAGAGACAUUUUGAAAAACAUAAACAUUGAACAGCAGAAAUUAACUGAGGCUAAAGCCCUCUGCACUUCUGCUGUUUACCAGUGGGAGCUCUAUUUUCCCUUUGAAGGGUUAAUAUAAUGUGAUAGGCUACACAGACAUAUCACUUCAGCCUUCUGAUACAUCAGGAGAUUAUUUGUAGUUGGAAAACACCUUAUUGGUCACCAGGGGCCUGAUCCAAAACCUCUUGAAGUCAGUGGUUUUCUUUCCAUUGACUUCAGUGAGCUUUAGAUCAGACCAUAUAAAGCUUUUGAUAGAUUUACGCCAAAGGGGGCUGUUUAAGUUUGAAAGAAGCCAAAUUAAGUUUGGCACUUUGCCUGGAAUCACUUGAAUCCUGAAACUUUCCAAUUGAGACUGACAUGUGAGUUGUCACAUUUUCCAUUGCUUUCUCCUCAGACCUUUUAUUUUAGUAUAAAUGUCUUUUGUAGCUGUAAAAAUGAUGUAUAUAUACUUUAUAGUACUGAGUUGUAUAUAAUUGUCUUAUGUAUUUAAAGUUUAUUGUUUCUGUUGGCACUAAUUGUUAUUUAAAUAAAGAAACACCUUUC